ACAAAUAAUAUAAAUACUCGGGGUUUUCCUAAACAAAAUCAGUCGCACAUCCGGAGAGCAAAGAUCAACGGUAUAUUACAUUUACAAGGAAAAUAACGAGAAAUUGCAAUUACAGAAGAGAAUUAUAGACAUUAAUAAUAUAAUUAAUAUCAGACACUUAAGAUAAAUUAAGAAACAUUACAAGUUUGAAGACAGAAGAAGCACAAAAGAGAACUUCCAAGAUGUCUUUGACGGUCAAGGCGUUUCUGAAAAAUGAGGGGAAAUGGGACGGGGAGAUCCGACGAUUCCAGAUUCCUGCCGAUGUGUCGUCCAGCUUCGACUUCUUGGCGAGGAAACUAUGUGAGAUCUUCCCCUCACUGAGGCCCGGCAACUUCUCCCUCUACUGGACAGAUGGUGAGGGCGACCACGUGUCAUUCUCCACGGACGAGGAGCUGCUGGAGGCCCUUGGUUUCGUCUCCGACUCCGUCUUCAAGGUCUACAUUGACCGCAAAGACGGACCGGUUCACGAAAAUGAGCAGAUGGGACAGGAUAGGGAUGCGCCGGUCCAUCGGGGCGUGGUCUGUGACGGCUGUCAGAUUGGGCCAAUCGUGGGGCCGCGCUACAAGUGCAUGACCUGCCCCGACUACGACCUCUGUCGAGGCUGCGAGGGAGCCGGACUACAUGUGGAGCACGACAUGAUCAAGAUCACCGAGCCCGCGUCCUUUCCCGGUUUCCCGGAAUUCCCGUGCGGGGGACCCAUGGGACCGAUGGGGCCAGGACCCAACGGAGGAUUUGCGCCACCCCCGUACUUCCGCCGCUGGAUGCAGCGAUUCAUGAAGAGGUGGCAUAACCGCCACGCUCCCGGCUUCGAGGGAGGCGCUACCGACCAGGAUGAAAAAGCCGAUGAGAAAAUGGAGGAUACCCCGGAAGGACAGAAGCAGGACUCCGAGGAAUCCAGCGGCGAGGAGUUCCUUCGGAAUAUCGGAGAAUCCGUUGCUAAGAUGCUUGAUCCUUUCGGCAUCGAUGUUGAUGUCGAGGUGGCAAAAGAUGAGCCACAGGGCGAAAAGAACGCCGAGGAAGGGGAGGAUGGGUCCCCAUGCCGCGGAAAGAAAGGGAAACGUGGUGCAGGUGGACGAUGCGGAGGCGGACGAGGCGGUGGCCGUGGGGGAUGCGGCAAGCGUGGACCUCCUCAUGGCGGCCCAGGACCAUGGGGUAUGUGGGGAUGGGGUACCAUGCCCGGCGGGCCCGGUGGAUGUCCGUUUGGGCCUGGAGGCCCAGAAAUGAGGCCCGGUUGUGGCAAGCCUCGCCAUUGCAAUAAGAAGCAAGAUAAGCCGGCGGAAGCUACGACCACUCAGGCCGCACCAAAUACACAUCAGACUCCACCGGCCUCCGAGAAGCCAGUGAACCUCAUGGAUUUCGUGGUUGACAGCGAGAAGACACCUGCACCUCAAAGACCAAAAUCCCCCGUUCGCAUGGACGGCGAGAACGGCACACACCAGCAUGACGACCAGACCUGGACCAUUCUGAACCCAGAGAACGGGCAACCUAAGCCGCAGAGAGAGCAGCCUCCACAAAGCGGAAGUCAGGGUGCCCCUUCUGCUCCACCCACCGGUCCUCAAGAAUCCAUCUACCCUCCAGCAGACCCAAAAAUCGCCGAGGCCCUGAUACAGAUGACAAACAUGGGGUUCAGCAACGAGGGCGGCUGGCUGACGCGCCUCCUCGAGGCCAAGAAUGGGGACAUCAUCCAGGUCCUUGACGCCAUUAGGCCCCAGCAACGUCCCCGAUAGGCGGCAGGCGACAGGCCGCGCUGCGCAGACGAGAAAACUAAGAAGAAACCGCACUGCACAGACGACAGGCCUACUGUGCAGACGAUAACUAUCAGAGAAUACCCCGCUGCGCAGACGACAACAGCAGACGACAUUUUUUAAAAACAUGACAUUAUUUUGAAGUGUAUUUACAUGUACAUACAUAUGAUUUCGGAUUAACGGUGUUUAACUUUAGUACUUCAUGCAUCGGUGUUUUUAAAGUGUACUACCAUUAGAAUUACAAUGUUGUGUUAUUGUUGACCAAGACUGUUUUCUGAUACGAUUCGUAUCCAUUGUUAAUACCGGCAAAAGAAAUUGGAAGCGAAAUUGUUUAAUUGAGUAAAAUAUUAUGAAGUAUUGAAAUCAUUGAAAAAAAUGUAUAUUUGAAUAAGCAACAUUUUUUUUAUAUAUGAAGCGUACGAUAGUAUCAAGUUAUUUUAUAUAUAAGCAGUACAGUUUCUUACAUAUGACUAAACGUUAGAAUUGAUAUAUUAUACAGUAACAGUAAUCACAAAUUCAUUAUUCAUCAUCAUCUUGGAAUUAUUAUAUUGAUGUUUGGGUGUUAAGUAUUUUCUCCUUGUUUCUGCUGUUGUUUUGAAGUUUUAAAGUUUGUACUCUUGUUUGAUUUGUUACAAUCGUCACAAUAAAUAUAAAUUGUAAA